AUGCAGAGCGUUAGAAAUUAUCCUACCGAUAUGCGUACCGCCCAUGCGAGACCACAGCCUAGGGAAGAGAGGCUUAGGAUACCGGGGCAACCACAACAGACUCAGAUGAGGACCAAGUCUCAACCGAACCUUAGGUCGAUGGCACGUCGACCAUUGCCUGGUGCUUGCUCUCAGGCUGAGAGACACGACGCAUACAGGACACCGAGAGUGAUCCCUCCUCCAGCCAACACUCAUCACCGCCGCAAGCAUGAAGCCAUGUACCUGGAGGAGCCUCCAUUCGAGCGACCAUUCUCCCCAGAGUCUGACUCGGAGGAACACAUGAUCUUGGACUACUACCUCCAAGCAUCAUACCAAUCUCCUCUAUCAAGAGUUGUCUCGGCAGAAGAACCAUGCAACCAAGGUGGAGCCAUGGCUGCCUUUGACUUUGGUCUCGAGCAAUCUUCUGAGCCCUCAUACACACACACUCGUCGUUCUGCUGAACGACCAAAGACGGCACACGAGACUAGAACACCAUCGUCUCCACCAAGACAGCGUCGUCCAUCGCUCCCUAGACAAGCUCCCUUGUCACCUCAGAGACAAUCUCCCUCAUCACCUCAAAGACACACUCCAUCAUCACCUCAAAGACACACUCCUUCAUCACCUCAAAGACAGCCUCAACAACAACAAUACACCCUCUUCCCCAAGGAGCAACCGUCAACACCACGCAUCAGCGUCAUCAGCGACAACGGCAGCAUCACCUCCCGCCACAGCAUGCACAGCCAACUCCGACCUCGCACCUCUUCCCUCGCAUCAUCAGAGCGCUCGCGCUCAGAUUCAUGCAUGUCCGUCCGCCUUCAACCUUCCGCAAACAUCACAUCUUCCCCCACCACCUCACCCAAGCGUCCUCAAACAGCACCUCGCAUGCGCACCACCAGUGCCUCUUCCCAACAACAAACCAGUCUCUCCGGCAAACCUCCAUCACGCUGGUCAGGCGAGACUGUAGAUGUAUCUUUGGAUUCCCCCAAAUCUACCAGAAACGCCGAGGACAGAAGUAGAGAUUCGACUUCGUCUACUCUGGUGGCUACCAGCCCUGCAUGGCCCACUGGCAGCUUCUUCGAGGAUGACGAUGAGGACAAGGUGCCAUUGAGGCGCAAGGUGGCUCAGAAGUUGAAGUCUUCGCGUUCGAGCAAUGCGCUGAGAUCGGUUAGCAACCCCACCGCCAACAAUGUGGAGCCAAUGCACAAGAAGUCUCCUUCGUGGGCUCGCCGGCUGGUUACCUGGCACCGCGCUUAG